AUGAACUUGGCCUAUUCUAUGCUCUCUACAAAGCCAGCCCUUGUCUACUUCCAUUCGCUUCUAAAUUCUCACAUUCAAACCAAAACCCCAAAGCAAGCGCUACUUCUUUUUCGCCACUUGUACGAGUACAACGUCAAACCCAAUUAUCUCACUUUCUCUUUGCUCCUCAAAGCCUGCACAUCUUCUCCCUCAUAUUUUAAUUCAGAAAAUGCCGAUAUAGAAGUGAAUCAGAUUCAUACCCACUUGGUAAAAUCGGGUGUCGACCGGUAUCUCUAUGUGGGCACAGCUCUUCUUGAUCUUUACAUGAAACUCGGCGGGGCGAGAAAUGCUCAGAAGCUGUUCGAUGAUUUUCCUGAGGGAGAUGCUGUCUCUUAAUGCGGGGUUUUGAGAAUUGGUCAUCACUCCAAAGCAUUAGAACUCUUUGUUCAAAUGUGUAGAGAGGGAUUUAGUCCGGACCAUACGACUUUGGUUAGUUUGGUGCCGUCUUGCGGUAGGCAUGAGUUGGCUUUCCAGGGUAAAUCUGUUCAUGGAUUUGGAAUUAAGGCUGGCCGUUUGGAUUCGCAAGUAAAGAAUGCACUUACCUCGAUGUAUGCGAAAUGUGGAGAUCUGGAAGCGGCAGAGGUCUUGUUUGAAGAGAUUGGUGACAAAGGUGUGGAUUCUUGGAAUACUAUGAUCGGUGCUUAUGACCGAAAUGGUUGCUUUGAUGAGGCAAUGCGUGUGUUUAAACGAACGCGAGAGGAAAAUGUGCAUUGCAAUCUGGUGACCAUGGUGAGCCUUCUGUCGGCAAAUGCUGAUCCAGAGUCUGCUCAUUGUCAUGGCAUUAAGACCGGUCUUGUAAGUAAUGCUUCUGUGAUUACUUCACUAAUUUGUGAAUACGCAACACACGGCAAUACAGAAUUCGGAGAACUGCUUUUCAUUGCCGCAGCUUUGGUUUCUCUAACUGCACUAAUUUCUGGUUAUGCUGAGAGAGGUAAAAUGGUUCAGGUGAUUGAAUGUUUUUCUGGCUUGCAGCAAUUAGACAUGAAAGUAGAUGCAGUGGCUGCGGUUAGUAUCCUCCAUGGGAUAAAGCACUCUGCUGACUUUGGGCUUGGACUUGCUUUUCAUGGUUAUGGAUUGAAGACAGGGUUGGCCGCAGAUUCUUUGGUUGUAAAUGGGUUGAUCAGCAUGUACUCUCGGUCUGACAAGUUAGAGUAUGCGAUCUCCUUAUCCUAUGAGACGCGUGAAAAACAUGUGGUUACUUGGAAUUCUUUGAUAUCAGGCUGCGUUCAAACUGGAAGGUCAUGAAUGAGUGAUGCCCUGGAGUUGUUAUCUCAAAUGCACAUGUCUGGAUGUAGUCCUGAUUCCAUUACUAUCUCUAGUUUACUAUCUGGUUGUUGCCAACUUGAGUACCUGAAAUAUGUGGAGGCACUUCAUGCUUGUGUACUAAGAAGAAACUUUGAAGCAAAAGAUUUUGUCGGAACCGCUCUUAUAUACUUGUACACCAAGUGCGGAAGAAUAGAGAAGGCUGAAAUUGCAUUCAAGAGUAUAAAAGAACCAUGCUUGGUAACAUGGAACUCAAUGAUCUCAGCUUAUGGCUUAUACGGGUUAGAACAUAAAGCUCUUGCAUGCUUCUCCGAAAUGCAAUAGCAAGGGCUGAAGCCUGAUAAAAUCACAUUUUUAGCAAUAUUAGCUGUUUGUACACAUGGAGUUCUUGUUCAGCAAGGAAAAACAGAUUUCCAAAUGAUGAAGGGGAAGUUCAAUAUAAAGCCAGGUCUACAACACUGUGCUUGCAUGGUCACUCUCUUAGGCCAUGCUGGUUUGCUCGACGAGGCAUUGAUUGAUUUCGCGGUUUGGGGAGCUCUGCUGAAUGUGAAGCUAGGGGAGUACAUAGCCAAAAAGCUGUUCUUCUUAGACAGUAAAAACGGCGGCUUCCUCGUGCUGAUGUCAAAUCUCUGUGCAGCUAAAGGAAGGUGGGAAGACGUAGCAAGAGUGAGGGAGAUGAUGAGAGUGGCCGGAGGUGAUGACUGUACAGGAAUUAGUGUGAUUGAGAUGACUUGA